CGACGGUUUCAGUGUAACACACACUGCGCAUGCUCACUCGUUGAUGUGUAGUGGCGACGUACGAAGAUUUGAGUCGACAGCUCUUGCUAAACUUUGCGGAAUUAAAACGAUAAUUGUGUUUCGUGUUAUAGGAAACGGAUGCACAUUGAUUAUGUACAACUAUCGGAAUAUAAUGAGUUUUUACGAAGAAAAUGUUCAACGUGCCAGUUUGUUAGCAUGACUAACUAGCGUUUGUUUUGCUAGCUAGCUAAACGACGCAGAGCAACGUUGUUAUCUAACCAACGUCCAUUAAACUGUAUUGAAUGGACCCUAAAUAAUUAAAUAUUGGUUUUACUACCAUAAGUAGUAAAUGUCCCAUUUGCUACAUUUUGCUUACAGCUAAAUCGUUCUAAUUACAAUCAACGGUAGUCAACAGCUGCUGUAUUUUUUGUUUUACUUGCACAAUAAUGUGACUGCAGUCCCGUAGAAACAGAAUGGACAGGGACUUGUUGAGGCAGUGUCUCACAUAUCAUGGAGAAUCAUUGUUCAACAAACUAAAAUGUGAACAAACAGAAAACCCAGACUUCCAAGCUGUGGUGUCUGACCUGUGCAAGGCCACGUGUGAAAGAAGCGAGGAAAGGAAGCGAGGAUGUACAAACUGCAAGAGUGAUGGUCAGGACAGCCCCCUUGUGGAGCAGUUCAUUGCCAGGAAGGCUGACAUCCUGUUCUGUCCCGCAUGGAAGACCGCCACUCAUCAAGAAGAGGAGCAUGAGCAGGAGGAGGACGCAGCAGAGCCCUAUGCCAUCAUGCCACCAGUGGAGUUAUUCAUGGCGGUGUCUUUUGAGGAAAGAAGAGCCAUGCUGUACAGGGACUUGGAAAAAGGAGACAUUGUGGUGGGGAAGAUCAACAACAUUAGAGAAUACGGCUUCUUUCUCACUCUGCUUUGCACGGCAGGAGGACUGAAGAGAGACAUAGAAGACCUGGAGCUGUCGGCUCUGUGUCACAUAAGAGAAAUUCCCUCCACUGGCAGCCAUGAUGAUCCUCUGUCCUACUACCAGAUCGGGGACUUCAUCAGAGCUGCAGUGAAGGAUAUUGACCGCUACCAGGAGAAAAUCACAGUUUCCCUCCUCCAGCCCUCUCUUUCUCCCACCUUGGAGCACAUCAAACUGGGUGUCUUUCCUCGAGAGGAGCUGCCCAUACACUACAGUCGUAGCGUUUGUGCAGCCGCCGACUCCACUGAGACGUACGAGUGUAUACUGAAGAGUUGCCAUGGUUACCACAACCCCUCUGUUGUGGAAUACCUGCUGGAGAAGGUGGGUGUUAGUGACACCCACCCACCAUCAAUGAUGAGAGGACUACAAAGUAAACUUUUUCAAGAGGAGGACUUUGCCUCUGCAAUCAGGAAGAGACAGUCUGCAUCAUGGGCCUUGAAGUGUGUCCGUGCAGGUGUGGACCACUUCAAACACGGUCGUCAUGUGGAAGCCAUGAAUGAAUACAACAAAGCCUUGGAUAUCGACACUAAUAAUGUAGAAGCACUGGUGGCACGUGGAGCUCUGUAUGCUAACAAAGGCAGCAUACUGAAGGCUAUAACAGACUUUGAAUUGGCCCUGGAGAGCUGUCCAGAUCACCGCAACGCCAAGAAGUACCUCUGCCAGACACUGGUGGAGAGAGGGAAGCAGCUUGAAGAACAGGAGAAGCUGGUAACAGCAGAGGGACUGUACAGGAGAGCUCUAUCUCUAGAUGACUUGAACCCUGACGCACAGGAGGCGCUGAACAAGAUAACAGACACUAUACAGGUAUCGAUUCGCCUGCGAGAAGAAGCGCUGGCUAAGGAGCAGGAGAAAGCUACGAGCAGCCAGAUCAGCGCUGAGAAGUUGCGUAAGAUCUUAAAAGAGGAGAAGAGGAUGAAGAAAAAACGGAAGAGAUCAGCCUCUUCCUCUUCGUCAUCCACCACUUCCUCCAGGAACUCCUCUCCUUCAUCAUCUAACUCCUCUCGCAGAAGGUCCAAAAAGAAGAAGAAGAGGAGGAGGAGGUCUGAGCGGGGAAGUAAGCGCAAUCGCAGGAUCUCCUCAAAGGAGAGCAGGAGGAGUGAGGGUAAGAGCGAGAAAGACCGGAGAGAAGAAGAAGAAGAGGUGGAGUGGUAUCCGGCUCCUCCCAACACCUCCGCCACCUUUCUCAACCAGAAGGGAGGCCCGAGGUUUGGAGAGAGGGAUGAGGAGGAGGUAGUGGGGAAGGCUGCUGAAGAUAAACGGAUCUGUCAACUGUAUUCUCUGUCUGCAGCUUCAGAGGACGAAGAGUCCGACUCCUCACGCAGAGAAAAGAAGGGAAGGGACAGAGAGGAGAGCAGGAGAAACAGUCUGAGCAGAAGCCCAGAAAGAGAGGAGAGGGGGAGCAGGAGUAGUGACAGGAGGGAUGAGAGCAGCGAGAGAGGGAAGCAGGGUAACGGGAAAGACCAGAGAGGCAGUGACUCCAAGAGGAGAAGCAGCUCAGACGAGAACAGACAGCGGAAGGCAUCCUGCUCAUCAGCCGAGGCCGAGUAUUCACGGAAAUCCAAUUUUAAUCCUGAAUAUUUAGGGAUCUCCGGUUCUGCAGAGAGCAGGAUGAGACAUGAUUCUUCCCAGAGGAACUCCUUCGAUGGCGGUAGGUAUGAGAACAGAGUGCGGCAGGACAUCCCGGUGGUAGAAGAGGCAAAGGGAGAGAAGGACAGAAAGGGGAACGUAGAGAACAGCAGCAGCAGCAGGUCAGCAGGAAACAGGAAAAAGUCAGAAGGUGCUGUAAAUCAUAACAAACAGAGUAGUUUGACCUCAGUGCCAGGAGGAAGCGCUAAAAAAGACCUCCCUUCUAACCUGCUAGAUAUUUUCAAUCAGAUUGCCAAAUUUGAGAAGGAGAAAGGAGUCGGGCCAAAAUAAUAACUCUAAAACCAAAAGUCCAGAAUGUGCCCAAUACUAGUGAAACGAGACCGUGAAAGGGAUGUUUGUACCGUGAAUGAAUUAAUCCUGGACUGUACGUCAACGCUGCUGAAUCAAUGGUCAAAUGCGUUGUUGAUUGAAUGUUCAGAGUUGUUGUCGGUUACGUUUAGUGUUGAAAUGUCUUCGUCCGUCUGGUGGAUUUAAGGUACUUCCAUGAUAAUAACUGGUCAAAAUGUUCACUAAACGUGCACCAAGUUUCAUAUAAAUCGUGUCAGUGUUUUUUCCGUCACACUGUAAAAACAUAACCGGCGGAGGGAAUAAUAAAGAGGUUAAUUUUGUAAAUAUUGAUUAUUAGUGUAUCUCAUUUUCCACUUAAUGUAUUUUCUGAAAGAUAAUUAAUACGACCGUAUCAAUGACUACAAAUCUUACAUUUUGUCAUCUGUGGUUAUUUCUCCAUUUAGGAGUUGUUUUUUGUGUACAUUUUGACAAGUUAUUACAUUAUUCAGCACAUCUGAAGUCACAUCAGUUGCUACAGGCUUUUAUAUCGUGUGUGUGUGUGUGUGUGCAUCUUAAAUUGAGACUUGUAUUUGUUAAAGAAGAAACUGCCUUAUGUUUACUGCCUUGUGCCAUUUUGUGCAUUCUUUCUGUGGCUUGUUAAAUCCCAAACAAUCUGACUGUUAGUACUGCCGUACUUUUUCAAGCUUUACACAAUGCAGAUGUUCCAGUUGUAUCCUGACAGUUUCUCCCGUAGUAAGACAAACUCAGUUGAAUCAAUAAAGCUUUUAAAAUGUCAAAACA